AUCUCUCCUCAGCCCUGGUACUGUAAUCGCCUCAUACAGCAGAUCCUCCGGAUCGGGAGAGGAGAUUCGGCUUUGCUCCAUAUCCUGCGGAGUCCAUCCAUGCGAUCCGAGCCCGACUGAGAGCGCACCAUCCACCUGGAUACGCCAGCAUCAGCAUCAGUGUAAGGAGAUCACGGACGCAAGCAUCACCACAAGAAUAUGAUGCUCCAACAGCACUUGCUCUUUGUGCUCUACACCUUCUGUGGGAUUGUCAUCAAAGAGGUGGCAACGAAAAACAAAGUGAAAGGUAGCCAGACUCAAUUCCCCAUCACCCAGAAUGUGACAGUGGUGGAGGGCAGCACGGCCAACAUGACCUGUCGAGUGGAUUACAAUGAUAACACCUCCCUCCAGUGGUCAAACCCAGCACAACAGACCCUGUUCUUCGGGGACAAGAAAGCAUUAAGGGACAACCGGAUUGAACUGGUUCGAGCCUCAUGGAAGGAGCUGACCAUCAGCAUCAGUGACGUGACUCUGUCAGAUGAAGGACAGUACACGUGCUCGCUCUUCACCAUGCCUGUCAAGACUUCCAAGGCCUUCCUCACAGUUCUAGGUGUUCCAGCGAAACCAGAAAUUACAGGCCUCUCAAGACCAGCCCUAGAGGGAGAGGACGUCACACUGACAUGCACCACAUCUGGCAGCAAACCUGCUGCUGACAUCCGAUGGUUCAGAAAUGACAAGGAGGUGCAAGGUCAGAAGGAGGUGAACGCCACUGGAAGGUCAUUCACGGUCAGGAGUAUCAUACGCCUAAAAGUGGACAGGAAGGAUGAUGGAGCAGCUUACACCUGCAUGGUAGAGCACAUCGCUCUGGGCUCCAUGCCAUACCAGAUCACAGAGGUGCUGGAGGUCCACUAUGCUCCUCAAGUAGAGAUUGUGCACUCAGUAAUAGUACCACAGGAAGGACAGUACUUCAAACUGGAGUGUGUAUACAAAGGGAACCCACUGCCUGAGCCAGUUUUAUGGACAAAAGAUGGAGGUGAGCUCCCUGAUGUUGAACGAAUGAUUGUGGAGGGCAGAGAUCUGAUCAUCACAACACUGAACAAAACAGACAACGGCACAUAUCGCUGUGAGGCCAGCAACCACCUUGGCACCAGCAGCGAUGAAUUUACCCUGUAUGUGUAUGCUAAAGAUUUCCCAGGUUCAACCUCAGAUCCUAAUGCUCUCACCCAGCACGGCCCUGACCACGCACUGAUCGGGGGAGUGGUGGCUGUUGUGGUCUUUAUCACCUUGUGCUUCAUCAUUGUCCUGGGCCGUUAUCUGGCCAGGCAUAAAGGGACAUACUUAACGAAUGAGGCCAAAGGAGCGGAGGAUGCCCCUGACGCAGACACUGCCAUCAUCAAUGCGGAAGGGAACCACGCACAUGCAGAGGAAAAGAAAGAAUAUUACCAGGGAGCGGCAAGAAAUGUGGUUCAUCUCAAGUCGGAAAACCUUGGCUUUGCCAAUAAUUACGCUUUAAGACAAGAAUAUGUGAGAUGUAUAAUGUAAAUAUCAUGUCCUGUCUAUUGUUUUUGUGUGUAUGUGUGUGUGUGUGUCCGUUUACUGGGCCUCAUUCACUAACCAUGUGUAUGCUUGUAUUUGUGUGUGAAACCUGUGUGCAAACGUUUUCAAUCAGAAAUCUUGAUUCAUCAGUAAGUUUGCACUUCAAUUUAUUUUAAUGAUAUUUAUUUUAGCCAGCUGAUACAUACAGUAAAAACCACAUACAUACAAAUCUGUCUCCUCAAGCAUUAAAACAUGGAGGGGGAAUUCACUAAUAAUGAACUGUUAUUCUGAGAUGCGGGUUGGUGCUCUUUGGCAGCACGAGGGUGGACCUACACAAUAUUAGGCAGGUGGUUUUAAUGUUGUGGCUGAUCGGUGUAUAUAAACUCACUGAGCACUUUAUUAGGAACACUAUGGUUGAAUUGAAUAAGUCUAACUUAUUUUAGAGUAACAAAAAUGAUCUAAAAUAUGUUCUGCAUAAUAAUGCAGAUGAUCAGGUGUAAUCUAGGCCUAUAUAAAAGGUGUUAAAUAUGUUUAAAGAAUGAUACAGUGCUUGUCUUUCCUCAAAGAUUUUGCUGUGCAUGCUCUUGGGUAAAAGUGCUUUAGGUGAGAGAUCUUUAAAGCCUGAAACAUACUCUAUGUAACUACAUAAACGAUUUUGUACAUCAUUGCGUUCCGAAAUGUGUCAGACCACAAUUCAUAACACUAUGCAAGUACGUGUUGUAUUCUCAGUGUUGCCACAAGGGGUGCUUUGACAGUCAUUAAUGUGAACUGCCUGCUUCUACAGCGAGUUUUCUCUUUUAAGUCAAUUACUCUCAUAGCAGAGCAACAGUUUGAAAAAAUAUUGUUGAGCGUUACUAUAUUUAUAGCAAAUUUCCUGAAUAAUAACACAUUCGGUUUAUGGCAUAAACUAUUGAACUCUACCACCCUUUUGAGUACUGAGUUUUGUUACCACCCAGACUGACCUCACAGUGAAAUCGGAAACAGUAGGUUGACUCUUUUUCAGAUAAAAUCUGUCUGUGCUUACCGAAUUUUGAAACACUGCCCCUUGUGGCCAAAGCAGUAAGUGUUGUUGGGUGUAUGGGCACUUGUGAGCACCAUUUUCUGUGUGUAAUGUCCACAGAGGCGUGCCAAAUGCGAGUUGUGAAGUGAGUUGUUUUCAACUGUACAGGCUGUAAUACAGUGAAGAGGAAUGCAUAUUUUAUAAACUGUACACCCCAACCCAAAUCCCAAACCUAAACCUAUCCUUCAGAGGAAUAAAAAUGUAAUGUUAGAGGAAACAAAUGCAACCUCUGAAUCACGCUUAUCACUGAUUAUGCGAACGUGAUUACUUCCUGGUAAUCCUGGUAAACGUGGGAUCCAAACCCGGGUUUCCCACACUGCUGAUGCAACAUGCUUUUGGUCGCACCACAGGGUAAGGUUAACACACUGGAGCCGAUGCUAAACUGUCUGUUAGGAGACGGCACUUGUCGGUGAGUUGGCAUAAUGUGGCCGAUCCUAGGGUACUGAAACACUUGGAAACAACAUGUUGACUUGUGUGAUCAUGUUGUACCAUCACAAUAAGACAAGAAUGCACGUUAAGUACUGUAUGUUGGACCGGUAGUUGCAAUGUGUUGACCAAGUGCUCAUGCCUUCAUUUACUUGCAUAAAGUAUGUUUCUGUCAUAAAGUUUCUGUACGUUUGCAGAGAAUGACAAAUCGCAGUACACAACAGUGUGUGUUGAAAGCCCUUAUUUGGAGAUUGUUUGGACGUGUUUUAUGUAAACUACUAACUGCAAGUGUGUGCUCAUUCAUUUACUAUACUCUGGAGUCAUCAACAAAAGAAUGAAGGUAAGAACAAAGUUAUGUACAUAUGCCCCUGCUGAAAUUUUGUGUCUGAACUUUUUCUACGCACAUAAACACUCAAGUGUAUGCAUUUCUUAGUGAAUGAGACCCAGAGUUUUUAAUUGUGAAAGUGGAUGUUUUCUGAAGUAUACGCCCUGUAAUAAAGUUCAAAUGUGUUGAAAUGCAAAGAAGAUGAUGACGACGAAGGAGGGAUACGGACAAUUAUAAUAUAUGGCCACCAAAAACAAACUGUUUGAUAGAAAAUGAAACUUGAUGAAGCACAAAUGAGAAUUGGUCUGUAAACAUUAGAAGCGAGAUUAUUUUCUAUUUCAGUCGUACCCGUCUGUAUAUUCUUGCACUGUUAAUAUUUGCCUCAAGCUUUUAUUUGAGAACUGAAAAUGUAUCAAAUGUAAGCACAAAGUCAUUGUGAAACGUCAUUGGUUUAGACAGUCUCAGGAUGCAAAGAAGAGCCUAAUUGAAUUUGUCUUUUAUCACUUGUGUGAAUGAAUUUUUGUUCUCGCUUUGUGAACAUUUCAAUCUAAACAGCCAUUUGUUUGACAUUUGAAUAGAAGACUUCAUUUCGAAAAAGGAACUUUUGAUAUCUAUUUCACUGACCGACCCUUGUUAAUAUUGCUGUAUAUUACUUUGCUAAAGUGAUUAUUGGUGGAAUAUUGUUAAAACUAUAGGGUCCCAUAUAAAUAUAUAUGAGAAAAAAAUGUCAAAAUAUCUAUUUCAAGUGUCCCAUACUUUUACAUUGAGUUAAUGUAAGUAAAGAAAAGAGGUUUGUUUGUUUGUUUUCUCCCAACACAGGGAAUGUAAAUAAUGUGUAUAUUUCAGCAUUUAGUAAGCUGUUUAUUUAUUUGAAUUUUGAAUUCUUAUUGCUGUUUAAUGCUACAUGUGUGCAAUUCCAUUUUAGCCUCUCUAUACUAAGUAUUUCCCUACUGAUUGUCAUUAAUACUAAUUUAUUGGGUAAAUCUGAUGGAAAAACACAAUGCAUUGUUAUUAUUAGUACUUUUUAUAAGCUUGUGAACAGAUAAUAAGUAUCAUUUGUUCAUGAGAAGGUCAAGACAACAAUCACCAUUAUUGCCUUUGUGUUUGCAACAAAAUAUAAGACACAUUGAAGCUCUGGUGAAGCGUAACAUUCACUGUACAUUUUUAUGACAUGUUUCCAGUGUCCACACUUUAUUUCCCUCUUUAUAACAUUGGAUAGAAUGAACACAUUUUUCUAAGAACUUUUGAUUUGCUUUAUUGUUCUUUUGCUGUAUGGGAAAUGUGUGAGGUUACUUUUACAUUAAAUAUCCGACUUUUUCAAAGUAUGCGUCUGUACGAAAAUACAAGAAAAAAAAAUUGGGAGAGUAAAAUAUGCACAAACUCUU